GAAAGGAAAAAAGCGGUGUUCGAAGAAGAGUUAAGGAGAGAAUGUCCUUUGGUCUGUCGUUUAAUCCUCGUCGCAAAACCGACUGCACACGCGAGCACGUGAUGAUCGGUGCGAUGCCAGCAGUGGCAGUUCGCCACGAACGUAAACGACAGGAGAAAAGGUUAAAACGUCCCAGUCAGCUUUACCUAGGGGGCCAAUGGAUGCCACCGCCUCAAGGCUCGCCGCCCACCCCUAGCCCCCAUGGCCAGAACGGCCACCUGGAGUCUUUACCCGAGUGGUAUCUCUGUUACAAGAUAUCGGGGCUACACGCGGUGGUGGUGUGCCUAUUGUUGGGCGCAGUGGUGCUAGUCGUUGGUUUAGUCCAACUUGCCCCGGGUGCGACGACCACCGACCAUAGACUCGCUUUGCUCAUAGCAGGCAGUAUUAUGCUUCUCCUAGGUAUCGUUUUAGCUGGCGUGAGAUGUUACGUGUUGCACUGCAUGCCAUUGCCAACCGAGUCGCCUGUGGCCACUCCACUUCCGCCGCCGGUCACCGAUCAGACUGGACUUCCCCGAGGCACGCUGGACCUUCUGGUCGGUCAUCAGAAUCAGCCGGAAACCGACGCGCUGAUGCACACCGAGCAUCAUCAUCAACAGUACCACCAUCAUCAUCACCAUCAUCACGGCAACCACAAGAAGAAGCGCAGCUCUCAAGGCUCUCACUCCGACGAGGCCUAAUAAUGAUUGACGACGUCAGAAAACCGGCCCAAUUAACCGGAUCCAGUUAGUCGGCGAUGAAAGUACAUCCGCCGAAUGAGAGAAAC